ACAUGUUUUAAUUUCGUGGUGUCCAGUGCGUUGAGAACAUUUUAUUUUUGGUCUUUGGAUAUGAAUUUAGCGAUUUCAAUACUUUUUAUAUUAUGCAAUUGUGUAUUUAUAGAAGCAUCGAAAGUUUCAUGCAAGAAUGAAGCAAAUGAAGAUGUCGAUUGGUAUUAUUUGUACAAACUUCCAAAACAUUACUCUAAUGAAAUCGACAGUGAUCUAACUGGACUUCGAUACACAUAUUUGACAUCAGAGACUAUUCAAACCAACAAUUGGAAACUUUCUGAUUUACGAAUUGAUAGUUCUGAAAGUAUUCCUGGGCGAACACUAAGCGAACUUCUCAAUGAUCCAGACAUUCUUUUGAUUGCUUAUAACGACGAAGUUCCAGACGGUCCAACAGAUUUUGAAAAUGGCCAUACGAAAGGCGUCAUCGCAACUGAUGGAAUUCAUGCUAUUUGGUUGGUUCAUUCUGUUCCGAAGUUUCCAAAUAUUCAAAAAUACACAUAUCCUACAACUGGGGAACAUUUUGGUCAAAGCUUCCUAUGUGUGACACUAGAUGCCUCAACACAGAUGGAUACUGUUAUCAUGCAGUUGAUAUUCAACGAACCAAACAUUUAUUUUUCUCGUAUCCCAGAUAAACUUUCCCGAAGCUAUCCGGAUCUUGGAAAAGUUAUUGCGAAAAAAUGGAGAUCGGUGGCACCCUUUCAAAAUUUGGCGCAAUUAAGGUCACUCAAUGGAACUAUUUUCCAGUCAUUCGCAAAAGGAAGACAUUCAAAUACGGAACUUUAUAAGGAUUGGGUGGCACCAAUGUUGGAUGUUGAUCUGAUGGUCGAAAGCUGGAGGAACGGUCCUGGAAAGCUACCAUCAGAUUGCUCUACAAAAGACAAAGUCUUCAACAUCGCAAUGAUUGAUAAUCAUGAGUUGAAUUUUUCAUUUAAGUCAACGAUGGACCAUUCAAAAUGGGCAGUUUCUGAAAUUCAAGAAGACGAUUGGAUUUGUGUGGGAGACAUAAACAGAUCUGAGCAUCAACUUCUACGUGGUGGAGGCACCGUUUGCCAAAAGAAUAUGAAAUUGGCACAAAUAUACCGAAGCUCUAUUAAGACUUUUGAAAACUGUACCACCACUACAUAAAACAAUAAUUUGUAUGUGUAUGCGAUAUUUUUUAUUUAAUUUAAAAUAGUUUAUAGUAAUACUGAUAAUAAAUGUCAUUCGUAGAUUCAA